AAAAGACAACAGAGUCUCUUUUGUAAUGAGGAGGGAUUACAGCAUCAAGUGACCGGCUGCAGCUCCCAAGUGGGUCUCAGGCUCCUUAGCACACCGUGUGGGGCAGGUCCAAUCCCCCUAUGAGCCAAGGGGGCACGAGGAGGCGGGUGGUGGCCCGGGCCACAAAGGACCCAGCGGGGACACGUGCAGGACCAAACCUCCCCAGCCUCCAGCACGGCUCAGGAGCCCAUGACUGAGCUGUGAUGACAGUGACCUACACCAACCGUGUGGCUGAUGCCCGCCUGGGCACCUUCUCCCAGCUCCUGCUCCAAUGGAAAGGCAGCAUCUACAAACUGCUCUACUCCGAGUUCCUGAUUUUCAUCUCGCUCUACUUCACCAUCAGCCUUAUCUACAGGCUCAUUCUGAGCGAGAGCCAAAGGCUGAUGUUUGAGAAGCUGGCGCUGUACUGCAACAGCUACGCCGAGCUAAUCCCUGUAUCCUUCGUGCUGGGUUUCUACGUGGCCCUGGUGGUGUCCCGCUGGUGGGCCCAGUACGAGAGCAUCCCAUGGCCAGACCGGAUCAUGAACCUGGUGUCCUGCAACGUGGAUGGGGAGGAUGAGUACGGGAGGCUCCUGCGCCGCACCCUGAUGCGCUACAGCAACCUGGUCAGCGUGCUGAUCCUGCGCUCCGUCAGCACCGCUGUCUACAAGCGCUUCCCCAGCAUGGAGCACGUUGUGAGGGCAGGUCUCAUGACACCAGAAGAGCACAAGAAGUUUGAGAGCUUGAAUUCCCCCCACAACAAGUUUUGGAUCCCGUGCGUGUGGUUCUCCAAUCUGGCUGUGAAGGCGAGGAAUGACGGGAGGAUCCGGGACAGCGUGCUGCUCCAAGGCAUCCUGAAUGAGCUCAACACCUUGCGCAGCCAGUGUGGGAAACUCUAUGGAUAUGACUGGAUCAGCAUCCCCCUGGUCUACACCCAGGUGGUGACCGUGGCUGUUUACAGCUUCUUCCUGGCCUGUCUGAUCGGGAGGCAAUUCCUGGAUCCAGAGAAAGCAUAUCCUGGCCAUGAGCUGGAUCUCUUUGUGCCUGUUUUUACAUUUCUGCAAUUCUUCUUCUAUGCUGGCUGGUUAAAGGUGGCUGAGCAGCUGAUCAACCCUUUUGGGGAGGAUGAUGAUGACUUUGAAGCCAACUGGCUCAUUGACAGGAACCUGCAGGUCUCCCUCAUGGCAGUGGAUGAGAUGCACCAGGAUUUACCCAUUCUGGAGAAGGACCUAUACUGGAAUGAGCCUGAUCCCCAACCACCCUACACUGCAGCCACUGCCGAAUACAAGCGCCCAUCCUUCCUGGGCUCCACUUUUGACAUCAGCAUGCAGAAGGAAGAGAUGGAGUUCCAGCCCCUGGAGCAGAUUAAAGAGAAUGAGGAGGCCAACCACUCCACUCCCUUGCUGGGACAUCUGGGCCGCCUCCUGGGUGUCCAGUCCCCAAACUUCUCCAGGUCCUCUUCCCGGAUGAACCUGCUGCGCCGGCGAGGAGAUCCCGCAUCGCCCUUCUCCCAUUAUACCUACCAGGACAUGGGGAAGGCCGGAAGCCCUUGUGGCAUUAAUCAGCCAAGGGGAGACUCCCAGGAGCAGUGGGACAGUGAAGAGGGAAAACUAAGGGAGUUUGAUGCUUUCAUGUCCACCCCCUUUUAUGAGAGGCCUGGGUUCUACAGUGCUCCACAGACACCCAUCAGCUCCAUCCCCAUGAUUUUCCCUUCCCGACGCCAAGGGCGCAAGAAGCCACCGGCGCUCUCCAGCAUCGCUGCGUGCUCCACUUCCCUUCGGGAUGUCAUUGUCAAUGCCUCCCCUUCCAGGGCCAGUGACAUGGACAAGAGCCAGAGCUCCCUGGGUUCUGCUGCAAAAGAAACCUUUGUUUGGCCAACAGAACGGAGCAAAGGUCCCGACUCCAUGGCUGUGACAGUAGAAGAAGGAAAGAGCAGCUCCAGGGAAGUUGCCACCACGGGAAGCCCAGGAGCGCAGUCCACAGCAUCCAACAGUCCCAAAUUCCCCUUCCUGCCAGAGCCCCCUGAGCGUGAGAAGCAAGGCAGCUUCAAAAGCCUGAAGAGCUCCAAACCCUCACACCCACCCUGGCUAAACCUGGAGAACACGGCUUCAGCCACUCCCAGUUCAGAGCAUUCCAGUGCCUUUCACACCCCCAGUAACAAAACCCCAGGAGGCAGCACCACCCUCUGCUUCUCCUUCACUCCAGUCACCUCUCCAGCGCUGGAAAGGUCCCACAAGGGCAACCUGAGCCCUGAGGCUCGCAGCCUGAGUUUGGAAGAUGCAGCUAGCGCUCCAGACCAGCACCCAGAGGUUUCCAGAAACAUUAGAGACACUGGGAAUGUAAACACUAAUCCCCCAGCUCCCAAAGAGCCCAGGAGAGCAGAGAGUCCAUCCCCCAAUGACUCUGGAAUCUCCCUAGCUGAGGGUGACUAUGUGGGGCUGAUGGAGGUGAUCCUGGAGGCCAGUGAAAGCCCAGGGGAAGAGCAGAUGGACCAGUACAGCUAAAGGGGAAUCCAUGGGAUACCUGCCUUAUCCUGGCCCUCACCCAAACAGAGGUG